UAAUGAUUAGGUUGCAUCCGCAAGUAUUGUAUUUCUUAACGUACAACCGGACUUGAAACACGAAACGAUUUCUAUCGGCAUUGAAAAUAUUUCACAACCUUUUUACGAUUUUGUUCGAUCAACGCGGUAAUAGAUUAGUCUAAUUACUUGUAGGUGUCCAUCAACAAAAUUUCAACAAGAUGGAUGAAAAAACCAUUGGAAUUUCACAACAAACAAUUUUAAACAGUCAAGAUGGAAUUGCAAGUGGUAAAAAGUUGAUCCAAUAUAUUGCCAGUUUAUCAGCAACUCUUGGGGCUUUGGCAUCUGGCAUGGUAUUAGGAUGGACUUCUUCUGCUGGUAACGAUGAUGAAGGACAUAACAAAAUACAAGUUCAGUAUGGCUUUCCAAUUUCUGAAGAAGAAUUUUCAUGGAUCGGGUCAGCAGCUGCAAUUGGAUCCGUAGUGAUAAGUAUUCCUAUUGGAAUUCUUACCGACGUGAUUGGAAGAAAGUAUUCGAUGCUGUUGAUGGUGGUACCCUUUACUAUAGGUUGGCUGCUCAUCAUUUUCGCUAAUUCCGUGGCCAUGUUUUAUAUUGGAAGAUUCAUCACUGGUAUUAGCGUUGGAGCUUUUUGUGUAGUUGCACCAUUGUACACAGCCGAAAUAGCUGAAAAUAGCAUUCGUGGACGCCUUGGAUCUUAUUUUCAGUUACUUCUUACCGUCGGCAUUUUACUCUCGUAUGUUUUGGGAACCCUUGUGAAUAUACGUGAUUUGUCUAUUAUAUCUGCUAUUAUGCCACUAGUAUUUUUCGGAGUUUUUAUGUUUAUGCCGGAAACACCAAUUUAUUACUUAAAGAAAGGUAACAAAGAGUGUGCCAGAAAAAGUUUAAUUAGAUUACGCGGCGAACAGUAUGAUAUAGAUGACGAAUUACAACGCCAUCGAGAGGGAUUGGAGGAAUCUAAAAACAAAAAAAUUCCUUUUCUGACUUUACUUAAGUCCAGAGCAACCUUGAAAGGUUUUAUAAUCGCUUAUGGUCUUAUGUUUUUCCAACAGUUUAGCGGCGUAAAUACUGUUAUAUUUUAUGCUAGCGAUAUUUUUAAAUCAGCUGGUAAUUCUCUUAAACCUGAAUACUCGACUAUUUUAGUAGGUGUAAUGCAGGUGCUAGCUGUUUUCGUAAGUACUUUGAUUAUAGACCAUUUAGGUAGAAGAAUAUUGCUAUUAGCAUCAAUAAUAUUUUUGUUCUUAACAUCUUUCGCACUUGGAGUUUACUUUUACCUUCACGAUAAUACAGAUGAUACUAGCUCGAUCGAAUGGUUACCUCUAGCUUCUAUAUGUAUAUUUAUUAUCAUGUUUUCCUUGGGUUUUGGUCCUAUCCCAUGGAUGAUGAUGGGUGAAAUUUUUGGACCAGAAGUGAAAGGUAUAGCUUCAAGUACCGCCACCCUUCUGAAUUGGGUAAUGGUUUUCAUUAUAACUAAAUUUUAUAUUAAUUUAAAAGAAGCAAUUUAUGAAAGCGGUACAUUUUGGUUAUUUUCUGUUAUUUGCGCUAUUGGAAUUUUCUUUGUAUACUUCCUAGUUCCCGAAACCAAAGGAAAAUCUCUAGAGAAAAUUCAAAUGGAACUUAACGAUUCGUAAUUAUCGUUAUUAACUUAAAAUAUUGUUUAUCUAUAAGAUUAAUUUUAAGUUUAAAUUUAUUUUGAAUUGUAUAUUUUUAUUUGUUAAUAGAAUUUCAAUCAAACAGU